GUCGAGAGUUGUGUCACACACUGCCCAAAUGAAGAUAGCUUGCUGAUGCCCGAUCCAUGCGGUGCAUUGCUAGACUACUGUACGAGUAAGUAUCCGCAGUAUCGAAGGAAAGCAGCCCGUCGCUGCGUCGUGGGCGCAAUCUGUACAGGUACGAGUACAUAUACUGCAGGUGUCUUAGAGCAACACUGGCGUGGUGGUGCUAGCAUGCUGGCGUGCAUACUCUGAACCCUUUCGAGACAAGCAAAUACACAUGCAUACUUGGAGUGUGAUGCUAGUGUGCGUCAAAAUGGAGGUCUGGCUGCAGAGCCGCAGCGGUCAGGAUGCCAGGGUUCGUGCCACGGCCAGCUGAAAACGAAAUGACGAGUGGAAGCGAAAUCUAUCGCCCCACGAGUGACGAUUGCUUGGGCCAACCGCAGCGCUGGACAGCGGACAUUCGGGCUAGCAGAGGAGAAGGAGAUGAAGAAGAAGAAAAAAUCUUCAAGCGAGGAGAGGAGGAGCAGGCAUCAGCUGUCAUGGGCUCGAAAGUGGAAAGUGCGCCCUCGUCUAUUAGUAGUACACUACUAGGUGAUUACGAGUACUCCGUACCUAGUAGUACUGUCCAGUACUACCAAUACGAGUACAAUACAUACCCGACUAUUAUACGCUCGAAAUGCCUGGGGUCAGUUUUGGGGCCCUGUCUGGAGGAGCCCAUCUCGACACGGCCAUUUUCAAUACCGGGACGGGAUGGACUCGCACAGCAGUGGAGAUCGGCAGAAGCUCGACGGCUCAGCGUUCUAGAAGCUCGCGUCUUGCAGGCCGGUCAGCUGGGCAGGUAUCAAGAGCUGCUUGUACCGCCUCGAAUGAAUGGCCGCCUAUGGCAAGCAUGGGAUUCGCUACCGACUUUCUGGAUUUGGAGAGCCAGCCACGCCUCUUUGGAUGGCUUGGACAGCUCAACUAAUGGUAGCCAUGAUAUUAGUUGGCUUGCCUAA